UUGUUCAGUUUUGUCUGUUCAUCUGCAAGUUGAGAUCGUCAUUCCCUUCUGUGAUGAAUUGAUGCAACACGAAAAAUGAAAGAGAUCUUUUGUUAAACCUGUUUUUUUUGUCUUAACAACACUAGGUCCGGUUCAUAUGAACAUACAAUCUCUAAAUGAGUGCUAUGAACUCAGAGCUAUGCGCGAUGAGUUCAUAUAUAAUCGAACAGCUGGCAAUUGUAACAAACGCGACCACGCCUCACCCAAAGUGUCUUAUGAUAAGUUAGCAAACAGUUUAAUCAGCUAUUAGGCAUCUGAAUCAAGCUUGGAACUGUGUAAGAAACUGUUUGACCAGUAUUUUUUCUUUGAUACUCCUAGUCAAACAAACUGACUGAUAAACGAAACUGCGAUCCGUAUAAGGCUUCCAUUUAAAUUCAAAAACUCAUUUAUUAAGCUUCGAGUUGAGUAAGUUCAGUUUAGUACCGAUAUCAGGGCCUAGAUAUACCACAUUUGUGCGUAUCCGAAUCGUUUUAACUAUCAUAAAACCAGUUUUCUGUGACCGUAACGCUUUUCAGUUGUUUUUCAAGCAGAAAGUUUUUCAGGAUGCAGAUUGUUUCAAACGAAGCGGAAAGGUUGGUAACAGUCAUUUAAUUCUUUUAAACUUAUGUUGAUGUAGAAACUGGUCCUAGAUCUUGUUGCCAUAUUUGUUAUUGCUAAAUUAUUCCGCACGAAAUAAUAGUUCACAAUCUUUCUACUCUUUUUUCAACCUUAAUUUUUACAGGCAAGGUAGGGAAACUGGUUUGUGAUUCAUUUGAUUUUGCAUUUCUUUAUUAAAUCUUCAUUACAAUAUGAACGGACAUUGCUUGUCAUCAGAUGACCGAAAUGGGUUUGGAGUUCGAAAAAUUGAAUCGGCUUUGCCCGUUUCGUCAAGAGCUAUUAACACUCACAAUCCAAUUCGAAACAUCGUCGAUCAAAUGAAAAUCGAGCCUAAUGUCGAAAAAUCAUUCAUUCCUUUAUCAAUUGGAGACCCUACAACGUUUGGAAAUCCCCCGAUAAGUUGCGCUACCAAAGAAGCUCUUUUUGAUGUGAUUGAAAAGGGAAAUUGUCAUGGCUAUGGGCCGUCAGAUGGGUUUCUGGUAGCAAAAGAAGCCAUAGCUCAGUUUUAUUCCACUGACCUUUACCCUUUAUCAACCAAUGACAUAAUAUUGACAUCAUCAUGCAGCGGUGCAAUCGAUUUGGCAAUCGGAGCAGUGGCCGAAGAAGGAACGAACAUUUUGAUUCCGAGACCAGGUUUCAGUAUUUACGAAUCACUGACAACUUUGUAUAAUGUGAACGUGAAACAUUAUAACUUGAAACCAGACAAAAACUGGCAGAUUGACCUGGAGCAUCUUGAAGCACUGGUGGAUCCUAAAACAUCGGCAAUCGUUGUCUGCAAUCCUUCAAAUCCCUGUGGUUCUGUAUGGUCACGGAGCCAUAUGAUUUCAAUUUUGAAAAUUGCAGAAAGGCAUAGUUUGCCUAUAAUUGCUGAUGAAAUUUAUGCUGAUAUGGUUUUCAGUGAUGUCGAUAACGCAUCAUUUGGCCAAUUAUCUAAAAAUGUCCCCAUUCUUAUAAUGGGAGGAAUGGCAAAACGUUGGUUGGUUCUAGGCUGGAGAAUUAGUUGGAUUUUGAUUCAAGAUCGUCACAACAAGCUAACCUAUGUGCGCAAAGGGUUGAAAAAUCUAUCGCAGCGUAUUCUAGGACCCAACUCGCUUUGUCAAUUGGCUAUUCCAAAAAUACUAAGCGAAACUUCAGAUGUAUUUUAUGAGAAUGUAAUGAGGAAGCCAUGGAAAUGA